AUGGAAAUGGGGAGGCAUGUCACUAUCAAUGGGCAACGGGGUAUAGGGAAAACUGUUUCGCUUUGGUAUCUUAUGCGAGCAGCUCUGCGGCACACACAGACACAGCCCAUUGUUUAUGUGGCAGGGGAAUCAACUCAUAUUUUCUUCAAUAAUAAAGUCUACAUUGCGAAUACCACGAUGGAUCUUCCAAAUUUUCCCUACCGGAAGAAUUCAAGUAUCUACGUGCGUUUACUGGUAUUCCUAGAUUGCGAAGCACCCCAAGAACUCCCGGUCUAUCUGUACAAGGAACACAGGAUUGUAAUCCAAGCUUGUUCUCCCAGUCCCAUCCGUCAAUACCCAUCUUGGAUUACACAGGUCAACUACAGAAUCGUCAGAAUAACCCUUCCAAGAUGGACAAGGAAGGAGCUCAUCGAAAAGUGA